GGCCAAUGAACGUCAACACGUCACUGACAUUUGUUUAGUUCGAUCGCGUUUUAUUUCGGUUAGCCUAAAAAAUACGCAAGUAUAGUGACGGUAGGAAUAAUGGCAGGCGAGGUAGUUGUGGACGCUUUGCCGUAUAUAGAUCAAGGAUAUGACGAACCCGGAGUUAGAGAAGCGGCUUUGGCGAUGGUCGAGGAAGAAACUCGCCGUUACAGACCGACAAAAAAUUACUUGGAACACCUGCCGCCUCUCAAUCUGAAUGCCUUUGAAACAACUGUGAUCAAACACGAAUUUGAGAGGCUCCAAUCUCGCCUUCCAAUGGAAGUACUUAGCAUGAAGCGGUACGAACUCCCACCACCACCUCCUGGAAAAAUGAAUGAUAUAGCUGCUUGGAACGAGAGUGUGGAAAAUAGCAUGGCUCAGCUCGAACAUCAGGCUACACGAAUCUGUAAUUUGGAGCUGAUGAUGGAUUACGGCUGUGAGGCCUGGAAGUGUUACUUGGAAGUUCUGAUGCAGCUGGUUUCGCAGGCGCAGAAACAGCUUCAGGGCUUGAGAAAAACGAUCCAGGAAGUAAAUUGGCAGAGGAAAUCGAUGCAAACCCAAGGUGGCGAGAAGUUGAGAGCUUUGGAGGCUCAAUGGGUGGGAUUGGUGUCUAAAAAUUAUGAAAUUGAACAAGCCUGUGUUCACCUUGAGGAGGAGAUACACCGGUAUAAGUAUUUAAAACACACUGGUGGAGAGGCUGGCGAUGUCCCCGGGGAAGAACAAGAACCAGAUAUUCCAGGAGACAACGCCACUGAGACAACGGCCAUGGAACCUACACCAGAAGAACCUCGACCUGCGUGACAAAACGACAACUAAUGAUUGUGGUUAAAAUGUAAAACAAUUUGAUGUGUAAGCAAGAUGCUAAUUGUAACUGACGAAUUUUAUAAAUUUCGAUUCUGAUACAUUCUAGUGAUUGUGAAUCAGAGUAUUUAUUAUACGCAACUUUUUCAGAAUAAAGGUAUGAUCGAAUUUCAAAAA